AUGUCCAAAAUAGAAGUCAUAACGGAGAAUGUCAAUAACGGCCUGACGGGGAAGCUCGAGUCGAUCCAGUACACUAAGUCACAAAUGGUUGGCCACGGCUCGUUUGGUGUGGUGUUUCAAACUCAGCUUUUACCGUCUAAUGAGAUUGCUGCCAUCAAGCAGGUCUUGCAGGAUAAGCGUUUCAAGAACAGAGAGUUGCAAAUCAUGAAGUUGGUGCACCACCGCAACGUAGUGGACUUAAGGUACUACUUUUACACCAACAAUGAUAAAAACGAGUUGUUCUUGAAUCUCAUCUUGGAGUUCGUCCCCGAGACGUUGUACAAAGCAUCGCAUUACUAUGUUUCCAAAAGACUUAGCAUGCCCUCGUUGGAAGUGAAGUUGUACACUUACCAAAUGUUUAGGGCCUUGAACUACAUACACUCCCAAGGCAUUUGUCAUAGAGACAUCAAACCACAGAACUUGUUGAUUGAUCCAGAAACGGGAGUGCUCAAGUUGUGUGAUUUUGGCUCAGCAAAAAUCCUCAAUCCUCUGGAGCCCAAUGUCUCCUACAUAUGCUCCAGAUACUAUAGGGCACCAGAAUUGAUCUUUGGUGCCACAAACUACACAACGAAAAUCGAUGUCUGGUCAGCUGGAUGUGUCAUGGCUGAAUUAAUUUUUGGCCAACCUUUGUUCCCUGGAGAGUCUGGGGUGGACCAGUUGGUGGAGAUUAUAAAGAUUUUGGGUACCCCCACAAGGGAACAGAUAAAGAAUAUGAACCCAAACUACACAGAGUAUAAGUUCCCUCUGAUAAAACCGGUGCCAUUGUCGAAGAUAUUUAGAAAGAACUCUGCCGACUGUGUGCAAUUCAUCAUGAAGAUUUUGGAGUACUCUCCAAUCGACAGAAUAUCGUGCAUUGAAGCAUUGGCCGACCCGUACUUUGACGAGUUGAGAGAGGAGAGCACAAAGUUGCCUAAUUACAGGAAAUUGUUCAGCCAACAGAUCUACAGCAACUCGACGCAUUACCCACAUCAGAACAACGCCACGUACCAAUUGUACUCUAAUCAACCUGAUGUGCGGGAGUUGCCCGAGUUGUUUGACUUUGAUGACCGUGAAUUAUCGGUGGAGCCAUCGUUGAACCUGGUGUUGGUUCCAAAGCAUGCAUUAAAUAGAUUGAGAAUUACUCGUGGCAACAGCUUGGACUCCUUCGUGCCCAUGACGCCGGAGGAGAUGGAGGUCACUUUAGAGUGA